AUUACAUGACUAGUACAGUCACAGUGCUCACAUUAUCUGUGUAAGACCAUAGGCACUGGCAUGGAGCUGCCUACAGAAAAAAAACAUGUCUCCUGCAGGUCAUUGGAGACAGAAUUUCCAAAAUCCAUUGAAAGUUUUAAGUCUGUGUCACUACAUGGACCUUCCAACUCCCUCAUCUUGCAACAGGCAGUCUCCUUUACCUCGGGUCCUUGGGGUUUAGAUGUUAAGUCAAAUACAUUGCACACAAACAAGCGAGAGGCUUUCGUUCGAUGGCAAAAUGAAUACAGACAAAGAGAGCGGACUGUGCUCCACCCCAGUGCCUCUCAGCUUCUUCGGGAGACAGCAUGGUAUGAUCCCACCCAACCAUCUCAGCAGCUGAAGGACUCGGCUCGGUGGGGCACCUUCAUAUGGAGAGAUAAGCCCAUCCUUGGUAAAGAAUAUGUUGUGAACAGACACAAGUUUGGAGUCUAGAAGUGAUCCUGUUCAGCCUACCAAGUCUUAACGUUAAGAGGGAUAAUAAAUUGUAAAACAAUUUGCAGUGUUUUUCACAAUAUUACAGUCACCAUGCACACACAUAGCCUGGGUUUACACAUGGGAGAGAGUUAUCAAAACCUGUGCAGAGGAAAAGUUGACUAAUUGACCAUAGUGACCAAUCAGAUUGCUUCUUUCAUUUUACAAAGGGCCUCUGACAAAUAAAACCAGCAAUCUGAUUGGUUGCUAUGGGAAACUGGUUAAAGGGGUAUUCCAGGCAAAACCUUUUUUUUA